GUGGCCGACAGGGGGCGCUGCGGAGCCGCAGUGUUGCCAGGGAGACGGCUGAAAACAACUGCAGUUCCACCAGCACAAAUGGCUACAAGUGACUGAACUACAGCGGCUGAGAGCGCUCCUGUAAACACUUGGAAAGAAGCCGUGCCUUCCCCUGUGCGUCUCCGAGUGACCAGCAUACUUGUUCUCUGGACGUUGGAUCGUAAAACAGUAAUUUUCAGGUAGCAGGACCCAAUCUGCGGGUUAUUUUUGGAAGCGGAUGAGAGAUCACAGAAGCAGCACAAAAAACAGCACCCCACACUGGCAUGCUAUGACCCCUGCAUUGAAAACGGCUCUGCUAUACUUCCUCGUUCCGCUCCAGCAGACCUCAGCAAACACUGGGGUGGUUUGAGCCGUAUGCUGCUGCAACAGGGAUGAUUACAUCCCAUAUGAACGGUUAUGUUCAAGAGGCCUCCGGUCAGGCCGUGAGCCACAGAGAGAGGGCCGUGGACUGUCCAGGGGAGGAAGGUACCCUUGUCAAAUCUUCACACUGCACUGACCACAUGGAGAGGAUUCAGUAUUACCAAGAGGAGCUGAGGAACAGGAAAGAGGGGGACAGCAAGGGGAAGCAUGACAUCGACCCCAAUGCUUCUCUCAGGCUAAAGAAGCUGUCGCAGAACCCGAAGGUCGGCAUUGACAACCCCACCUUUGAGGGGAAGGAAAAGGCUACUAUAGACACAAGCAUGGAUCCUGUCAUCGGCCUGGAGGACUUACUGCAGGCUCUGAAGUGGGCGCAACACUGCUUGAAUGAUGCUCAGAGCCAGCAGGAUGUGGAUGUGAUAAUGCAGCUCCUUACCAAUGAAGAAUUCAGGACUGCCUACACCAUCUACACCGCUGUGUCCCAACAGAUGCACAGAGUUAGUCCCACCUCACCCCUCACAGCACAAGCACAGGACCUCUGCCAGGAGGUUCAGAGGAUUCUCCAGUCAAGCCAGCAAAAGGAGGGUUUGGAGCUCAGAGCCCUGCUCACCAAUCCUCAUCUCCAGGCACUGAUGCAGGCUCAUGACAGUGUGGCAGUGCAAGAAAUGACUGAGGAAAAUGUGACCCAGUACCUUGGAGAGACGGUUAAAUUAGUGCGGCUGGAAAAGGCCAGAGACACGCCACUGGGUGCAACGGUACGAAACGACAUGGACGGCGUGGUGGUGAGUCGCGUGGUUAAAGGUGGAGCCGCGGAGAGGAGUGGCCUCCUCAGCGAAGGAGACGAGAUCCUGGAGAUCAAUGGGAUUACUAUUCGAGGGAAACACAUCAAUGAAGUGCAUGACCUGCUGCAACAAAUGCAGGGCACUCUGACGUUCCUCCUCAUCCCAAGCGCUCAGGUUAGGCCAGCCCCUCAUAGACAGACUGUGAUGCACGUACGGGCUUACUUUGACUAUGACCCCUCUGACGACGGCUUCGUGCCGUGUCGAGAGCUCGGCCUGUCCUUCCAGAAGGGGGACAUCCUUCACGUCAUUAGCCAGGAUGACCCCAACUGGUGGCAGGCGUACAGGGAUGGAGACGAGGACAACCAGCCCCUGGCUGGACUCAUUCCAGGUAAAAGUUUCCAACAACAGAGGGAGACCCUGAAGAAAACUGUUACAGACAACAGUCGGGACCAGCAGGGGAAGCUGUGGUCUUCAAAGAAGAGCAAAAAACAGAAGAAGAAGAACAUAUCAAACUUCAACCGAAAUGCCGACUACGAUGACAUCCUGACCUAUGAGGAGAUGUCCCUCUACCACCAGCCCGCUAAUCGCAAACGCCCCAUCGCUCUGAUUGGUCCAGCAAACUGCGGUCACGACGAGCUGCGGCGGAGGCUCCUGUCGGCAGAACCAGACAAGUUCGCCGUUGCCGUUCCACACACGACCAGGAAUCCCAGAAUACAUGAACGCAACGGACGCGACUACCACUUUGUGGGUCGCUCUGCCUUUGAAACAGACUUGUCGGCAGGGAAGUUCAUCGAAUCGGGAGAGUAUGAGAAGAACCUGUACGGCACCAGCACGGACUCUGUCCGGCACAUCAUCAACUCUGGACGCAUUUGUUUGCUCUGCUUACACACAAGGUCACUCCGGCUGUUAAGGUCCUCCAACCUCAAACCAUAUGUCAUCUUCAUCGCUCCUCCUUCUCAAGAACGACUACGCACCCUGCUGGUCGCAGAAGGGAAGACACCAAAGCCAGAAGAACUGAAGGAGGUGAUUGAAAAGGCCCGCGAAAUGGAGCACAAUUUCGGCCACUUCUUCGAUGCAACCAUCCUGAACACAGAUCCGAACCAGGCUUUCCAGGAGCUUCGCCGGUUGAUAGAUAAACUGGACACUGAGCCACAGUGGGUGCCCACGUCCUGGCUGUGCUAGAGGGCUGUCGCAUCUCAGCGCAAGACAUCUCAGGGUAGAAGAGAGGAAACCGAGGAGCAGAACUGAAGACAGCUGCGUGGACAGUGCUUAAAUGUCACUGAAUUUCCACUUGCACAUUUUCCUCAUUUGUAGAGGAGGUGAUUGUUGCCGCACGCUGCAGGGAUGGACUCAGUCUUUUCUUUUCUCUAUUUUUUCGGUAUGUGUCUUUAAUGCAUUUUUUUUUUUUUUUCAUGAAGGUACAUUGAUCGCAGUUUUAUGCAAAAUCAUUUAUUUGACAUAUAGAAAUAUUUCUAUCGUAUUCUUAAUAGAUAUUUAUAAUUGUAAAUAUGUAUUUACUAGAAAGAUUGGUAAAAUAUUUUAUUGUUACAUUCGGGUGUAUCGCGUGGAAAUGGUACGUUCAGCUGGGAGAGUGUUAGCCUGGCCAGACUUAUUUUGUUAAAUGGGUCAAAGUCAAAUCCAGAGGAGUCCAACUUUAUUUUAUUUUUUUUGUAUUGAUGUAGAGAAGGAUUUGAAUGACUGGCCAGGCUAGGAAAGAGCGUUACGGGUGGGUUUCCUGAUAAAGCAGCAAACCAAAAAUCCUCUUCAGGUAACAAACUGAAGUCUAGCUUUAGUGCUUUAAGUGCAACGUCUUCCAUUCAGAGGUACAAGUGAGAAAUCUGCUGUGAACUGCACAGAUUUGAGCUAAAUUCAACACCAGUGUCAGUAUUAUGUUGUGUUUAUGCUGCGAUUGCAGCCACCUCUGAUUAUCUGGGGGAGGGGGGAUGUUGUGACUGUUGUUGUGCAAAGAAUUGUUUUCUACCAGUGUUACUAUGAAAAAGACAUAUCAUUUAGUCUUAAAUCCAACAAAUGCUGUAUUGCUUCUUUUGUUGCAAGGAACUUAGUAAAUUAUGAACACAAUUUUCCAAAAGCACUAAUAAAAAUAAACGUG